AAAAAAAUUAAAAUAGAAGAAAAAAAUAUUUUUUGAAAUUAAAAAUAAUCAAACAAAUUGGAUGAAAAGUCUUUAUUUUUUUUAAAACGUGUUAUCUAGUUAACUGAAUGAUGAUUUACGUGCCGUGAUAUGUUCAUGUGAAUAAUUAUUUUUAAAGAAAAGUAAGCGGAUUUUCCACAAGAAAUCAAUUUCCUGUGUGGGAUUUGAAUAAUUUUAGAUAGUGUGAAGUGAAAAUAUUCAUAAUGAAUUUAUCGUCACUCCUACACUCCAUCCUAAUUGCAGCAUGUCUGUGCUUAGUCAUCGUAAAUGUUACUUUUGCCGGCAGUAUUCAUGGUAUAAAUAGACUUAAAUGUGAAAACAGAAAUGCAAUACAGAGAUUCCAAAAUGAAAAGGAAGUGGCAGAGAAAAGAAAUCGAAUAGAAGUAUUGAGGAAUGAAAUGCGUAUCAGAUCGUCACAGUCCCAUGAAAUUGAUGCGUAUAUUGUGACAACAUAUGAUGAACAUCACAAUCAUCUUGAUGACGAUGCCGAAGGAAGACUAGAAUAUAUAUCAGGAUUUACCGGGCCAAUUGCUUAUGCUGCGAUAACAUCAAAAUCAGCUGGCUUAUGGACUGAAUCAAAAUAUUUCGAGCUUGCCGAUCGUGAGUUGGACUGUGGAUGGAAAAUAUUUGAUAUUGCGGAUGAUCCAACUAUUAGCAUGUGGCUUGGGAAGCAAGUCCCUGAAAAUUCUUAUGUUGGUGCUGAUCCAAAAGCAAUACCACAUCAAUUAUGGUUUGAAUGGGAACGAGACUUAAAUAGAGAAUUCUUAAGCAUGUCGAAAGUAAAGAACUUGAUUGACACAAUUGGGGGAUCCAGUGUUGCAUCACCACGCGAUUUUAAAAUAAGAACACAAAACUCUACAUUCUCAGGUCUAUCAUGGCAUAACAAGACGGAAGCAUUACGUGAAACUAUGAGAGCGCAUCGAUUUGAUGCAAUGGUCGUCACAUCACUUACUGAAAUUGCAUAUUUGCUGAACCUACGAGGCGGUGACUUCCGUUAUGUUCCUGUUUUUAAAGCGUAUCUAAUUGUGACACAUCGGGAAAUUGUUCUUUACACGAAUCGCACAAAAGUGUCAAUUGAAGCGGAAUUAAUGAUGAAUUUCGAUUUCAAAACGAAUUCAUGCUUUAAGCAGAAAUGUGUAAUAAUCAAGCUUUAUAAUGAUAUUUGGAAGGACUUACGAAUACUCUCAACGAGUUGGAAUCGUGUUUUGAUGCCAUCAAUGAACAAUUUCGAUUUGGGGGUCUCGGAAGCUAUUUACUCAUCAGUGAACCGGGAAAUUAUACAUGAACGCACCUCACCGAUUGUUUAUAUGCGUGCACAAAAGAAUAAAGUGGAGAGAGAGGGCAUGAGACAUGCGAAUAUACGUGAUGCUGUGGCGUUAUGCGAUACAUUAAGUUAUUUAGAGGAACGAUAUAUGCACGGUGAUCAAUGGACGGAAUCUUUACUUGCACAACAGAUUGAUAGACCAAGGCAUGAACAGAAUUUAAAUCGUGGAUUGUCAUUCAAAACAAUCAUUGCUUUUGGAAAGAAUGCUGCCAAAGAAUAUUAUUAUCCAACAAACUACUCAGAUGCUGAAAUCACAAACACAAAUUUAUUAUUAAUCGAUUCUGGUGGUCAAUAUCUCGACGGCACAACAUCAAUAGCUCGAACUAUUCAUCUUGGUGUGCCAACUGCCGAACACAAAAGAGCCUAUACAAAUGUUCUAAUGGGAAUGAUUAGACUAUCCAUGCUGGCAUUUCCUGAAGAUUUGAAACCGUCAGAAAUUGACGCUUUGAUAAGAGAACCAUUGUGGACGGCAAAGCAAGAUUACCCACAUUUAUCAGGCUAUGGAAUCGGAUCGUAUUUAAGUGCUGAAGAAUCUCCGAUCUACAUUUCAUACACAACAAAGCAUAAAUAUGCACUCAAAGAUGGAUAUUUCUUCACGGUUGCACCUGGCUAUUACAAACCCAAUGAAUUUGGUGUUCGAGUCAAAAAUGUUUUUGAAGUUGUUAAUUCUGAUCGGAAAGGAUUUUUGGAAAUUCGUGUGAUAUCAUUAGUGCCAUUUGAGACUAAAUUGAUUGACAAAACGAUGCUGAGUCUAAAUGAAAAAAAGUGGCUCAAUCAAUACAACGCUAGAAUUCGUGAAGUUGUCGGUGAUGAACUUAAACGUCAAUUUAAAAUGCCAGCAUUUUACUGGCUAAUGAAUCAUACUGAACACAUUCGAGAAUAUCUCACGGAAGAUGAAUAUCGCAAGAGUAGUUCGUAUAGAUUACAAUUUAAUCUCAAUUAUCUUUUAAUACUUACACUAAUCCUGAGAUUAAAAUCAUUCAUCUAUUAAGAAACAAUUUAACUUCUGUUAGAAUUAAAAUCUUUAAUUGUUAAUAAAUUGAUGCUGUUUCAAUUUUAACUUCAACAGCCAGUUGAGGAUGCAUGUAGCUGAAUUUGACUUACCUUUUUGUACUAAAUGUGAACAGUUGUUACUUUACUUACACAGUUGCUUCGUAGUUUGAGGAAUCUUUAAUGGAGUGGACUGUUUUGUUUAGGAGCUGAUUCAAAUGUCUAGAGUUAUUUACAGAAGAUGUAUUUUCAUAGUGGUUUUAAAAACCUUGAAAAGUUAUUUUUUUUUUCGGUACUCUUGUGUGCCAGGGAUGUUCAUUAGCAUGCUAGGGAUGUUGCAUUAGGUUUAUUCAGAUGUAUACACCAUCCAAACCAUAAUUUUUUUUAUCUAAAUAGAUGCUUAUAAUACAUUCUUCUAGAUAAUACAUCCUAAGAUGUAUUAGUAUGAUGAAUUUUUGAGGUCUACUCAAAAAUCAGUUCAUAAACAUAUCAGCUCUGAAAAACACACAUUGACAAACAUUUAC